AUGCCGCGCCGCCCCGCGUUUCCGGCGGGCCCGCGGGGGAUCGACCCCGACGCACCCCUCCACAAGCACGUCAACUUCCCCGUCCCCUUCCUCCGGCCCGUGGACCCGAACCACCCCAAGCCCGAGACGAGGGGUGAGGACCAGGCCAUGAAGCAGAUGUCUGUCCUUGGCGCGCUUACUGGAUUGUCGAUGAGCGAACUUAGGGGGCUGCACAAGUAUGUCGCCAAGGUCAUGAUGGCGGCGCACCAGACGAAGAAGGGAAAGAUGCGCUCGUUCGGUGUGUGGAUGAUUGUCGGCUCGCCCGAGCGCGGCCUGGUCGGCAUGGGCCGCGGCCGUGACGAGAACAUGGGCCGCGCGCGCGACAAGGCGUUCCGCCACGCGGUGCUCGCGAUGGACUACGUGAACCGCUUCGAGCAGCGUACGGUGUGGGGCCAGGGUUCGGACCUCGUCGCGCAAUGGCGCUCGACAAAGGUCAUCAUCCGCGCGCGUCCCCCCGGAUUCGGUCUGCAGGUGCCCCACAUCAUCCACCGCAUCAUGACGGCGUGCGGUAUCCGUGACGCCUCGGCUACGAUUGAGGGAAGCCGCAGCGAGGUCGACGUCGUCAACUGUGCCCUCCAGAUCCUCCAUGGUGGUUACAACCCGCCCGGAUUCGGAAGCGGCACCGGCGGCAAGGGAAGGAAGCAGGACAAGGGAGCUGGUAUGCGCAGCAUCAAGGACUUUGAGCGCCAGCGCGGCCGCUUCGGCGUCGUCGUCGACAAGCGCCUUUAA